AUGUCAUCAUCAUCGGAUGCUAUCGAAGAGUUGCGUUUGCCUCAAACGGUUAUCUCUCGACUCGUCAAAGAUGCACUACCUCCAGGAAUUAUUGUUUCGAAGGAAGCUCGGACAGCAAUUGCAAGAGCUGCAUCAGUAUUUAUACUGCAUGCAUCAACAUAUGCCCAAGAUUGCGCCGUUGCAAACAAGCGUAAAACGGUUACUGCAGCAGAUGUGUUGAGUGCUAUGAAAACGUUAGAGUGUGAUGAUCUUAUCAAACCGGUACGUAAUUUUACUACUGAUAUUGAAGACAUCAGUGACCUGGAGGAAUUUUAUCUUAAAAUGAUCAAAGAGGCAGUGGAAUUAUGGAAAAGUAAUAAACAACAAAAAUUGGAUGAUGCAAAAAAACGUAAAGCUGAACGAGAGAAGUUGGGUGGUGAGACGGGUGCUUCAACAUCGUUGACAAAUGUUGAUGAAUCAAUAGAUGCUUCCGAACUAUCAAAAACUGAUGCAUUAGCGAACGACCACGAAUCAUCAAAAGCAGAAAUUGAAUCCAACAGUAUUGUUGACGAGAAUCAAGAUGACGAUAUCAAUACGGAGAUGUUAUAG